UCCGCACCGCCUCCACCGUCGCCUGCGUCAUCAUCAUGAGCAUCGGCGUGGCGGGCAACGCCAUGGUGCCGGCCGUGAUCCUGCGCAGCCGCGACAUGCGCAACUCCACCAACAUCUUCCUGGUCAACCUCAGCGUCGCCGACCUGCUCGUGCUCCUCGUCUGCACGCCCACCGUCCUCGUCGAGGUCCACUCGCGCCCGGAAGUCUGGCUGCUCGGAGAGACCAUGUGCAAGGCGGUGCCGUUCGUGGAGCUGACGGUGGCGCACGCGUCGGUGCUGACCAUCCUGGCCAUCAGCUUCGAGCGCUACUACGCCAUCUGCGAGCCGCUGCGGGCCGGCUACGUGUGCACCAAGGCGCGCGCGCUGCUCAUCUGCCUGCUCGCCUGGGCCCUCGCCGCCCUCCUCACCAGCCCGAUGCUGGUGAUCGCGAAGGUCGAAUACCACGAGUACGCGGACGGGUCAGAGUUCGCGGCGUGCCUGAGCGAGGCGGCGACGGCGUGGCCGCGGCUCUUCUUCGCGGCGAGCGCGGCGCUCUUCUUCGCGCUGCCGCUGCUGCUGCUGCUGGUGCUGUACGGCCGCAUCGCGCGCCACCUCGUGGCCGCCACCGCCCCCGCCGGCAGCGCCGCCCCCGCCGAGCCGGGCCCGGCGCGCGCGCGCCGUCAGGUGGCGCUCAUGCUGGCCACCGUCGUGCUCUCCUUCUUCCUCUGCCUGCUGCCCUUCCGCGCCUUCGCCCUCUGGGUCAUCUUCGCGAGCGACGAGGCCGUCGCCGGGCUCGGCCCCGAAGCUUACUUCAACCUGCUCUACUUCUGCCGCACCAUGCAUUACGUCAACUCGGCGAUGAACCCCAUCUUGUACAACCUGAUGUCGUCCAAGUUCCGCGCGGGGUUCGCCCGGCUGUGCGGCCUGGGGCGACGGCGGCGGCUGGCGCUGCUGAGGGGCGGGUCGGGAGGCGCGCGCAACGGCACGCUGCGCACCACCACCUCUAGCUGCACGUCGCGCUCCAGCGGCCGGCGGCCUCUGCGCUCCUCGCCGGACCUGCUCGGCUGGCGCUCCUCUUCCUCUUCGCGGACCUCACUGCCGUCGUCGCUGUCCCGCGCCCUCGCGCCCAGGGGCAGCGACGCCAGCGAAUCCUCCGCCGUGACGUCACUCUGCGAGUCGAGCCCUCCGCGCCGCCAGCGGCCGGCCAACGGCAGCAGUCCGCCGCGCAAGUCCAGCGCCGCCGAGUCGCGGGCAGACGCCUUCAGGAGGAACGCCAUGAUGAGGUCUACGCUGCUCACCCUCGAUGUGGCCGACAUAGACGCUAUCGACGAGGCGCCCGAGAGUUGCAGGGGUCUACAUGUACCGAUAAAAGUACAGUUUUGUUAUCAGCUGCGCAGCUACCAGCGCCGUCGUUUCUCGCCUCCGUUCUUAUGGGAAUCUAACGCUGAUUCCAUCAUAGCAGGAGUGGUACGGGCCACUCAUUCCAGUCCCGUUAUCCUGGUGGCGGAGUACGGUACGGAGGAGUACUUCGACGGCUCUAUGGUGCCCGUGUGUUUCUCCAUGGUGGACUCGUUCUGGCCGGCGUUCUUCUUCCUGGCGACCAUCGCCGUCUUCUUCCUGGUUCCGCUCAUCAUCCUGGUGGUACUGUACGGCGUCAUCGCGCGGCACCUCAUGGCCAACCCGCGCAUCAUGUCCGUGCAUCAGCAGCUGCACUACAGGUACCGCAAGCAGGUGGUGCUGAUGCUGGGCACCGUGGUGGCGGCGUUCUUCGUGUGCCUGCUGCCGUUCCGCGCCUUCACCGUCUGGAUCAUCGCCGCUCCGCCGGAGACGGUGGUCUCUAUCGGCUACGAGAACCACUACGGGCUGCUGUGCCUGUGCCGCGUGAUGCACUACCUCAACUCGGCGGUGAACCCCAUCCUGUACAACCUGAUGUCGUCCAAGUUCCGCGACGGCUUCUCGCGGCUGUGCUGCCGCUGCGGCUGUGCCGGUGGUCCGUUGGGCCGGCGAGGCACCGGCCUGUCCUCCAGCGCGACCGCCACCACUGUACGCUCCUCGGCGGGUGACUCGCUCUGGAGGCGGCCGGGCCGCGCCUCCUCCAGCUCCAGCCGCAGCCGCAGGGCCGAGCGCCGCCUGUUGCACCACAUCGCCAGGGAGUGCUCCGUCUCCGUCCACAACGGCGUCUGCGCCGUCAAGGCCGGCCGCGCCAAGGACGUCUCUUACCUGUGA